AAUUAUCAGACCGCACUGCCGCUAUUAUUCGUCCCAGCAAACCCAGAAGAAACGACACACACAAACACACACACACACUAGCUUUCUAGAGAGAGAAACUAUGCCUCCCCAUUAGCCCCCGCCCCUUUCUCUCUCACAAUCACAGACAUGAAUAUUGGAUCGCAGCUCCUCUCUCUCCUCUCGCUCUCGCUGCUGCUGGCCUCUCUCUCCUCCGCCGAAGAUGACUUCAACUGCCUGCGCGAACUCCACAGCUCGUUGACUGACCCCGACGCCAGGCUGUCGUGGAAUUUCUCCAACACUACCGCCGGCGCGGUCUGCAAUUUUAUCGGCGUGAGGUGUUGGAACGACCAGGAGAACAGGGUGAUAAGUUUGGACCUCCCCGAUUUCAAUCUCGCCGGAAAUAUUCCGGAUGCUUUUCGACUCUGCCACAACCUUCAAACCCUGAUUCUCGCCGGUAAUUCGCUAACCGGUUCGAUCCCUGCGGAAAUCUGCACUUGGCUGCCGUAUUUGACUACUCUCGAUUUGUCGCGGAAUAGUUUGACCGGUGAGAUACCGAGUGAUCUCGCUAAAUGCUCGUAUUUGAACAAUUUGAUCUUAGAUGAUAACAAGCUGUAUGGUGCUAUUCCUUACCAAUUGUCUAGUUUGGGGCGAUUGCAGAAGUUCUCUGUUGCGAAUAAUGAUUUAACUGGACCUGUGCCGUCGUUCAACUAUAAAUUUGAGCUUAAUUAUGCCGGAAAUAAGGGGCUCUGCGGCGGGCCGUUGGGGAAAUGCGGCGGAUUGAGCAAGAGGAAUUUGGCGAUUAUCAUCGCGGCGGGGGUUUUCGGCGCGGCGGCGUCGUUGGUGCUGGGAUUUGGGCUGUGGUGGUAUUUUGUGAGAUCAAGUAAGAGGAGUAAGAGAGGGUAUGGGGUUGGUAGGAGAGAUGACGAUUGGGCUGAGGUUUUGAGGGCUCAUAAGCUUACACAGGUUACAUUGUUUCAGAAGCCUCUUGUCAAGGUUAAGUUGGUGGAUUUGUUGGCUGCAACCAACAAUUUUAGCAGGGAGAGUGUUAUAGUUUCGAGUAGGACGGGCACGACCUAUAAGGCCGUGUUGCCCGAUGGUUCAGCUCUUGCAAUCAAGCGGCUGAUUGAGUGUAAGAUGGGGGAGAGGCAGUUUAGGAUGGAGAUGAAUAGGUUGGGGCAGUUGAGGCAUCCAAAUUUGGUGCCCCUUUUGGGGUUUUGUGUGGUGGAGGAUGAGAAGCUCUUGGUUUACAAGCAUUUGUCGAAUGGGACUCUUGGAUCGAUGCUGAGUGGCAAUGCAGGCGAGUUGGAUUGGACGACUAGGUUUAGGAUCGCGUUGGGAGCUGCAAGAGGGCUUGCUUGGCUUCACCAUGGCUGCCACCCUCCGAUCCUGCACCAGAAUAUCAGCUCGAAUGUGGUUAUGCUUGACGAGGAUUUUGAUGCUCGGUUAAUGGACUUUGGGUUGGCAAGGCUCUUGAAUUCGGCUGAGUCUAAUGAGAGUAGCUUUGUGUAUGGUGAUUUAGGGGAGAUAGGAUAUGUUGCUCCGGAGUAUUCAAGAACAAUGGUUGCUUCCCUUAAAGGGGACGCAUACAGUUUUGGAGUCGUGCUUCUGGAAUUGGCGACUGGAAGGAAGCCUCUUGAUGAUGGUACCCUUGAGGACGCGUCUAAGGGCAAUGUAGUCGACUGGGUGAAGCAGCUUGCUAGUUCUGGACGGAUUAAAGAUGCUAUAGAUAAGCAGUUAUGUGGGAAGGGCCAUGAUGAGGAGAUAGUUCGGUUCUUGAAGAUCGCGUGUAACUGUGUCGUUUCUCAGCCCAAGGACAGGUUGUCUAUGUUCCAAGUUUAUGAGGGGUUGAAGAGCAUGGCGGAGGAGCAUGGUUUCUCAGAACAGUAUGAUGAAUUUCCUCUGUUGUUUGCGAAGCAAGAGCCGACUAGUCCCCUUUGAAUCAAGGGCAAGAUGAAGGUUUGAUAGUAGAUUCUUGCAAAUUGUUUGAAAUCCAUCAUGAAUUACUUUUCAAGAUCAUAUCCCACUUGUGCUGAAUAUGUAUGUAUCAGUCUAAUAUAUAGUUCAUCUGCAUAUAUUGUAAGCUUUGGCAUUUUCUCGAUGCUUGAAAUUUGUCAUAGCAAUAGCUUCUUUUUAUGGCUGUUUGUGUGUAGAUAUAUAUAUUUGCUCUUCUACUUCUGCUACUAGUCUUUUGAAAAUUUGUGACAGUUUUCAUGUAUUAAAUUAGAAGGUUACUAUUUAGUAUGGAAA